ACCAGGCGUGACAGGAGAGACAACACAGAGUCUUUUGUCUUCUCAUAAACGGAUCAUCAGCAGUGAAGAGGCGACAGACAGACAACACCCGAGGUUGCGAUACGAGACGCUCAUCAACAGCCAACAAGGCCACCAACCCUUUGAAUAAGGAGGCUGACUGGGACAAUAUCAAGGGCUUCUGUGAUCAGCUCAACGAUGAACCAGAAGGUCCCCAGCUUGCAACCAGACUUCUGGCCCACAAAAUCCAGUCUCCUCAGGAGUGGGAGGCUAGGCAAGCACUCAUGGUUCUGGAGACGUGCAUGCAGAACUGUGGAAAGCGAUUUCACAGCGAAGUGGGGAAGUUUCGUUUUCUCAACGAGCUCAUCAAGGUGGUGUCACCCAAGUAUUUGGGUGCCCGGGCUCCAGAUCCAGUGAAGAAGAAGGUGUUAGAAGUAAUGUACAGCUGGACAGUGAGGCUGCCUGAUGAGACCAAGAUAGCAGAUGCCUAUCAGAUGCUGAAAAAACAGGGCAUUGUCAAGCUGGAUCCUGUACUUCCUGAUGACAAGCCCCUCCUGCCCCCUCCACCCAGAGCCAAAAAUGUCAUCUUUGACGAUGAAGAGAAAUCCAAGACGCUGUCUCGCUUAUUGAACAGCGCGCACCAAGAAGAUCUAAGAGCAGCGAACAAGCUCAUUAAGGAAAUGGUACAGGAGGACCAAAAGCGUGUGGAGAAGGUAUCGAAGCGAUUGAACGCCAUCCAGGAGGUGAAGGAGAGUGUCAGCCUGCUGAGCCAGCUGCUGGAGGGCUACAGCACAGAGAGCUGCUCCCAGAGCAACCAGGAGCUCAUUAAGGAUCUUUACCAGCGCUGCGAAAAGAUGAGGCCUACACUAUUCCGAUUAGCAAGUGAUACAGAGGACAGUGAUGAUGCCUUAGCGGAUAUCUUACAGGCCAAUGAUAGCCUGACACAGGUCAUCAACCUGUACAGACAGCUGGUGAAGGGAGAGGAUGUGCCAAAGGAUGGUAUAACGAUGCCCUCACAACCAGGCAGCAGUAGCUCAGCACUUGUAGACCUGAUGGGACUUAACGCCAACACGGCGCCGUCUGACCCAGAGCCCUCCAGCCUCCAGAGUCUGACUCAGAACAUGGGCAUCAGCCUCUUGGAUGAUGAGCUCAUGUCACUAGGACUGAACGUAACGGAAAACUUCGACUCUCAGAACACUUUUCAGGUGCAAGUUUCCUCUGAUGGCACAGAAUCAUCUGCUACAUUGGUCCCUGCUGCAGUGUUGCUACCAGCUGUUGUACAAACACCGCAUGUUCCACCAGCAGGGGGCCCCACUGCUCCUCCUAAACCCAUGGAAGCGCUGGACUUGUUGGGGAAGACAUUGAUACAGCAGUCCCUACCUCCAGAGAGCCAGCAGGUCAAAUGGGAUAAGCUCCAACCUCAAUCCAGAGUCUCCUUACGAGAUAUGCAGACCAAGUCCAACGCCAACUCUAGAACCACCACCUCCUCCUCUGGUCCCGCUCCUGCUCCAGGGCCCACAUUGGCUGUUCAUCCAGAGCAGCCAGACACUCUCCUCCUCUCCAAUCUCAGUCUCGCAGCUGUAGAGAGAGGCUCUUUAGCUGCUACCGACCCCUACGACAACAUCUCUCUAGCUGACGUCACCGUGCCUCUGGAAGCAAUCAAACCUAGCAGCUUAUUACCUGUGGCCGUAUUCGACAAACACAGUCUCCGGGUUUUGUUCACCUUUGCCCGUGACUGUCCUCCAUCGCGGGCCGACGUGCUGGUGGUGAUCAUCUCCAUGCUGUCCUCGGCCCCCAUUCCUGUCACCAACAUCCGCUUUCAGGCAGCUGUACCAAAGGUGAUGAAAGUAAAGCUGCAGCCUCCCUCUAGCACCGAGCUCCCAGCCUUCAAUCCCAUCAUGCCUCCAGCCGCCAUCACACAGAUCCUGCUGUUGGCGAACCCUCACAAGGAAAAAGUACGUUUGCGGUACAAGCUGACAUUCAACCUGGGGGACAAAUCUCACGAUGAAUCUGGCGAUGUGGACCACUUCCCGCCUCCAAACACCUGGGGGAAGCUUUAGGGAGAAACCUCCUGUCAUCCGAUCUGCUGCUUCCUUUAGAUUUAGGUUGAAGUUGUCCCUCAUCGCUGGCUUGAGGCGAGACGGCCUCUUUACACUUCAGUUCGGUUUCAAACUCUGGUUUGGUAAUACAAACUGACACGAGACCAGUUGUGGGAACCAGCUUCUACCUUGUGCCUUCCUUCGUCGCCUUCCUGUCCUUAUUCGAUCAUCUCCGCCUUCCUGUAUCUCGUAGCUACAUAUUCUUCUUCCAACAGUCAUUCCAACGCAAACUGGCAGAAACAUUGAUUCAAUCCUGUGACUUUUGGGGAAACAAGUUGAGCCUUUUUAGAAACCGAAUGUGUGCAUUUGUCUGAUUAACACAAUCCUCUCAGAUGUCCUGUUAAUUACAUGUAACAGCUGGUGUCUCGCAUUAUUUCUCAACUCUUAAAGCAAGUGUCUGAUGCGUUCCUUCAUUUGGACAGUGUGAGCUAAAAUGUCCCACAUUCAGAGUAUUGUCACAGUUUGUGUGUCCAGUGUUUAUUCUGAGUAGGGUUGCAACAAAUCUUUAUUUCCUUUCAGUCCAUUAAUAAUGCUUUUCAGUUCAACUUAAAGCCAGUUACAUGCUUAAAGUGACGUUUACAGUUUGACCAACAGCUAAUACCCCCAAUGUGUUCAAUGUAUGAUAUGGAAUAGUCUGUAUUUUUACUUGAUAAAUAAUUUAAAUUCUGAUAAUCAAGUUAAUUUGCUAUCGAAUGAUGAAUUGAUUGUUUCAGCACUGCUUCAGUGUUCGAGGAAGAGAUGGUAGUAUGCUCAGUUUAUUCGCAAACCACUAGUGCUGCAUAGGGAAAUGAUGAAACUAAAUUAUCACUUAGAAAUCAUAGAAGUGGUUUUCCCUUUUAUCCGAUGGAGACAGUUCAGAGUAUGAGGAGUUGAUCUGAAAUGCAGUAAUAACUGGAAAAGUAUCAGGAGAAACCACAUCAGUGUGUCCUGGGAGCAUACAUAAUGAAUUGGUGCCUAGUUUCUAAGUAUUGCCUUGGUUUUAAUAUUUGUGUCUUGCAUGGGCAGUGUGUCUAAGUGUGUGUAUGCGUUGAGUGGGACUACAAAUGAAGGGUACUAAAUCUCUGCCCCUGUUAAAAUACUGAAAUUUAAGUUUUAAUUUCUGCACUUUUCUUUGUUUUUGGAAGAUUGGGACACUUUUUUUUUCCACUCAGGAUUUUGAUUUUGAGAGUUAUUUUACACAACAUGAACUUUCAUGCACUUUUUAAUUUUGCACAUGAAACCAUUCCAUAUUACAAUACGUUGUCUUUCCUCAUUUGCUGCCUUUCUGCUGUUGACUGACCCAAAUGGUGUGAAGUCCUGAGUCGACAUCGCUGACAUCCGGUUUGAUUCUACCACAUGUGCCUGAGAAGAACCGUUUGAUUUUCAUUUGCUUUUGUACAUAUAAGUAUACAAAUGACUAGUUUGAUCUUUGCUUCUGUUAUGUCCAUAUGUCCAUGUCCUUAUCAGAAACGAUUUUGUGAAACAAAUGACACAUCAAACGACGUUACAGAAUCAUCCUAAUAUCCACAGAGUCCACUGAGUUGAUUGGAGCACUGAGGGUCAUAAAGACUAAAGAUUAAAAUGAGAUUGGAGGCAGACUGGUUCCACCUAAGAAAUACGAUUCACGUGAAACUCCAAAUGUGUGUAACUACAACAAAGCUGGAGAUUCUGUUUAUAAUAUGAUCAAUUUAAGAAUUACCAACUGAGUAGUAUCGAUUGAUUGAUUAAUUUCUUACGGUAGGUCAACUCACAUCAAACAGUGCCAUUCUGAUAGGCUGUUUCAUAAUACUAUAAAUCAGCUAUUUCAUUUCCAUAGAGAAUAGGUUUUAUUUAUUUACAGCUACACCACCAACUUGUCUAGGUUUGGAAGGAGGAAAGCAAUAAUAAACAAAAAAGCAACCACCUUUCAGUCCUCCAUGUCUCGAGCAGAUUGUAAAUACUGAACAUUGCACGAUAUAUUGUAAACUAUGCAUUGAGGGGGCUGUAACAGGUUUGACCACGUCGUCAGAAUCAGAUUUAUCUUGUCCACACGUACCCAAAUUUGCCUUUUGUCAUUGCCUCAAGAACUUCAAGUUAAUUGCAGCCUCCAUCUUCUCCACUGUAUCCGCCUCUUUAGGAUGUACAGUGGCACAUUCUGAUGAUGAUGAUGAGAUAUAAAAGCUCUUCCUUCUUGACAGAGGGCUUGGUUUUAGGGUAUUAACUCAGCAAAUCAUCUGUAAUUUGUCAUCCCUGUCUGCACUGAUGGAUUACAGUUACAGACCCAGCUAUCGUACUGUUCCCACGACCAGGAAAGAUUUGCCUGAAACAUGAGACAGGCUACUCAUGUCUGACUCAUGUCACUGAGGUGCAUUUAUGGGUAGUACGCUACAAAGUUAGUGCCGAGCUCCCCUUUUAAAAACCUAUUACAGAUACAAAUCCCCAUCCUUUGUCACUUCAGUCUUAAAUAAUUACAUAAUCUCUAUGCUUCAGUAUGCAAUACACUGCAAGAAGUCAUGAACAUGGUCAAGCACUGUGCAUGCAAAUCUGUCAUCCUUGUCCAGCCUUCAAAUGAUCAAACAACCUCCUACAUUAACUUAGACUGGCAAGAAGAAAAACAAUUUAAAACAUGUAACUUAAGACCCAAAGUGUCAAUCAACCAAACUGGAUCCAGAUUUGUAAGGUUGAUACACAACUAAAAGUACAGGUGCAGCAAAACUAAGUGUUGUGACAAGUUAUGUAUGUGUGAUGGAAGGAAACCGUCUUUUCCAUUUGUGCUCCUAAUGUAAAUAAAAGCUUCACGCCAUGAUGUAUAUUUACCAAUAAAAGCAACACACAUGUA